AAGUACACCCUGACCACCAAAGUCGACAUGAGUGCCAAAAGAAGAAAUGUUGAAGUAAUGGAUGCUGAUAGCGAUUCAAGUAGCUCUGAAUCUGAAGGAGAUCCUGAGCUGCAAAAAUACGUUGACCAAAAUGUGAUGGUGGACUUUGAGGGCCGCUGCCCGACACAGACAGACUACCAUGGCAUUCGGCAGCUGCUGCUGCCUCUGCUGCCUCGUGCUCACAUCAACUGGGGCGAGCUGGCUGAUACUAUCAUCAGCCAGAAUUAUGUGGGCAGUGUGCUGAAGCAAUGCGAGCUAGAGGGUCCUGACGCGGACGACGACGACGAGGAGGAUGCCAUGGACGCCGACAGCGACAAGGAGGUGUACGGCGUCACCACAGUCAUCAACCUGACGGAGCGGCGGGAGUUGGAGGCGGUGCGCCAGCUGACGCAGACGCUGCUGGCGCGCUGUAAGGCGAGUGGUGCGCCUGAGGCCGUGCAGCAGCGGUUGGCGGCCGUGCUGGGCUCCACCGCCGAGCACACCGGCCUGAUCAUCAACGAACGCUUCGUUAACAUACCCAUCCAGAUUUGCAUGCCGCUCCUCACCAUGCUCAGGGAUGAAAUCGAGGCGGCCGCCAAGAAGAUGCCGUACAACUUCACCCACUAUAUCGUCAUAGCAAAGGUGCAUCGGGCCAAGAGCAAAAAGAAGGCAAAGGUACAUGACGCCAAAACCAUCUGGGUCAACGGCGAGGAGGAGCUUCUCGAUAAGGCGGCCGAGUGCAGCUUCGAGUUCAGCGUGGCCUCUGAGACGGACACGGCCGUGGACGGCGGCUGGACGGACCGCGACACGCUGCUGACGCCGUACCGGCGCGUGCUGCUGCUGCCGGCCGGCGCGCUGUCGGAGGCGCUGGAGCAGAUCCGGCGCGCCCUGCGUGGUUCUGGCCGCUAG